AUGGAGUUGACAGAAAAUGACAAGGAAUAUGUCAAGGGAACUUUGCAAUACAUGAUUCAGAACCGUUUCCCUAGUGGGAAUUACCCUUGCACCGAAGGAGAUAACUAUGAUUGCCUUGUGCACUGGUGCCAUGGGGCUCCUGGCAUUUCCCUCACCUUGGUUCUUCUUAUGAUGUUAAAUCAGCUCAAGCCUUUAUUUGUGUUUCUGCUCUUUAAUCUUUGCAACUUUAGUUUUGUAUCAAAAUACUGUUCUCAGGUGUUCCCAGAAGAGAGGUUUUUGGACACAACCUCAAAUGCAGCUGAGCUUUUCUUCGACGAGUUCAACGGGAAGCUUGACGAACUCGAGGCUCGAUGGGAGCGGCGCUUCUCUCCGCCGAUGAAGGAGCCGCGGGUUGCUGUCGAGGAGCUCUGCGUCGGCGGCCUCAAGCAGUUCGGUGCGACGCAGCACAUCGUGGCCGACAACUGGGGCAGGUGGUUCGAGGAGCCUGCCCGCAUCAUGGAGAAGUGUGUCUACGAGCAGCGGCCUGCCACCGUCGAGCUCCGUGGCGUCGCACCCAAGCUAAUCCCCGUGGUGCAACUCAAGGCCGAGUUCCGGCUCGGGCUCUCCAUCUCCAAGGCCCCCGCGCUCCUCGCCUAUGCCGUGGCCGUGGCCGUGCACGCUGAGGCGCAGCGCCACCUCCUCAACCCGAACCAGAACAUGGCGCGCAAGCUGGAGUCGGACCUCCGGGCCUGGGACGCAGAGGCGGAGCGCGUCAGGAGCUUCUCCCCCGCCGUCAUCAUCACCUUCGACCUCGACCCACGCGGCGCCGACCACGAGCGCGCCUACGCCAUCUACGCCUCCGACUCCUUCCACAUCGGCCCCGUCGAGUGCGCGCUCCGCGCCAUCCCGCUCGGUGGCUACGACGGCUCCCUCGACGAUGACCUGGAGUCCGGCUUCGCCCACCACGACACACCACUCCUUCGAGCCAUCGAUCGCGUUGGCCAGGUGCUCGCAGCGGCUGCCGCGCUCCGCGCCGAUGCUGUAGGCGCAGCAGGUGGUGGGCGCUCGGCUUGGAUGGACGUUGCGGGGUCAGCGCGGACCAACUGCUCGACGGAUUGCGCGGCCAGCGGCCAUUGCUUAGCCGAAGUCCCGGGCGGCGUGAUCUGGAAGGUGGAGGUGUUCCACUGGGGACACGACAACUACAAUGGCGGCGAGAGCGGGCAGUCCUUCCGCUACGGCCCGCGGGUACCCGUCGUGGCCGAGCUUGAGGUGGUGACCAGCGUCGGUGAGUCCUGCGUCUGCUCGUCCUCCUCCCACCCGGAUCUCUUCUUCGCCGUGCUCAGCUGGCUCGGCGAGUUCGUCGUCGCCAUGGGCAGGGACGCCGAGCGCAUCUUCCCGGAGUUCGAGGGCGCCUAA